CAAAACUCUCUUCUCUUCUCUUUUCUUCACAAAUCACAAACACAGACAGAGGCUCUUUUCAUGGCUGAAUUUCUCUCUUCUGCACCACAACGCCAUAAGAAUGGUGAAUUUUCCAAUUCCCCUCUCACAGACAAUAACGGCGAAGAUGAAGGUGGUGAGGAGUGAAAUUGCUGCGAAACAAGUGGUUGUGAUCGAGGAAAAUGAGGAGAUACAUUGGUAUGCUUCUUGAAUUUCGUCCGGAGGACACAGCUACUCAAAUCCAAAUGCAAAGGAUCUUCAAGAUUAAUGGGAUAAAACAAGACCUUGGUUCAUUGUGAAAGGUUUGACUGCCCAACUCAGUUUUUGUUCUUGUCUUAUUUUUGAUACAAAUCUGUCGCCCCGGGGUCGUGGGGGGCGAAGGGCGACCCCAAGGCAAGCGCGUGCCCCGGGGUCGUGGUGUACGGGGCACGCGCGUGCCCCGGGGUCGUGGGCGUCGUGGGGGGCGGGGGACGACUUGGAGAAAUUUAAAAAUGUGAUAGUAGUGUCAAAGAAAGAAGUUUUUAACUGACAGAAUAUUUGAUUGGUAUCAUACAUAACAUAGUCAAGUUUCAACCAGCUAGGGGAUGAACGAAUUGAUGCAAAUAUGCCAAAGAAAUGAAUGGACUGUUGACUCAGUCUCACUAAUACAUGAACUUGUAGUACUAAAAAUAAUGAAAGAUAUAUAUACACAUAAUCUAAUGUUCCUAAUAUUAGUACUGAUGAAGCUGCUUUUCUUGAAUUAAAAUCUCACAUUUCUUUUAGUCCUAACAUCUUAGCAACCAACUGGUCUUCUUCCACCCCUGUUUGCUAACACUUUCACCUCCCGACACCAUCGAGUCACAGCUUUAGACAUUUCUAGUAUGCAACUUCAUGGUACCAUUCCUCCACUCCUUGUAAACAGAUUUCAUGGGAAUUUGCCCCAAGAGUUGGCUCAUUUGCAGAGGUUGAGAUUGAUUGAUAUCGCAAACAAUAACUUCACUGGUGCCAUUCCAUCAUUUUUAAGUUUGCUAAUAGACCUUCGCAUUUUGCACCUGUGGAGCAAUCAAUUUUCAGGAAAAAUCCCAUCUUCCCUUUCCAGUCUAACAAAGCUGGAAGUGUUGACAAUAGCGAGAAAUUUCCUCGAAGGAGAGAUCCCUCGAGAACUUGGUAAUCUUCAUUACAUGACUGCUUUAAACCUGGAAAGUAACCAUACUGGCUCUAUACCACCAUCAAUAUUACAGGUGAGCUUCCAACAACUAUAUGUGACCAUCUGUCAAACUUGGAAGGGCUUUACCUCUCAGAAAACAUCCUAGGUGGCAUCAUUCCACCAAACUUUGAAAAAUGCAAAAAGCUCAAAUUCUUGUCAUUGUCUGAAAACAAGUUCACUGGAACUAUACCGAGGGAGGUAGGCAACAUAACAAAUCUUGCAGGAUUAUUUAUAAUUUAUACAUUGGAUUGCUGCACUUCAAAGGAGAGAUACUACAAGUGGAUCUAGGUAAUCUUAAGAAACUACAGAUUCUGUCAUCCCCACAAGCAUUUUCAACAUGUCAAGCGCUGAGGGUAGUCAUACUUGACGAAAACAUGUUUUCAGGUAAUCUACCAGCAGAUUUAGGCAGUGGGAUCUCCAGCCUAGAAACAUUGAUUUGUGCAAACAACAAUCUGAGUGGAUUUAUAUCUGCUACUAUCUCAAAUGCUUCAAGACUCGGUAUGAUUGAUCUUUCAAUCAACAACAGUUCACAGGUCCAAUUCCUCAAUCACCUGGUAACUUAGAAAACCUUGAGGUUUUGAACCUGCAGAUGAACAAUUUUGUCAGCGAUUCAGCAUUGAGCUACCUCUCAUCUUUGACACACUGUAGGAAACAGUACUCAACUUUGGUAAGAAUCCCUUGGAAGGCUUUUUCCCUGCAUCCAUUGGAAAUUGGUAAUCUUACCGGGGUGAUAAGGAUAAAUUUUUCACAAAAUAAUUUGACUGGACAUAUUCCAAAAACUAUCCAAGGCAUGCUGAACCUUCAAGAAUUUUACCUAGAGAGCAACAAGAUAGAAGGAAUCAUACCAGAUGUUAUCUGCAAUUUAAAGAAACUUGGAGCAUUAUACUUGUCAGGUAAUCAAUUUUCUGGUCGCGUGCCACCUUGCUUAGGAAAAGUUACCAGUAUGAGAUAUCUUUAUAUAGCAGAUAACAUGCUUAAUUCGAGUUUACCCGAAAGCUUGGGGAGCCUUACUGAUCUCAUAGAGUUCAAUUUUUCAUCCAAUUUAUUGCAUGGCAAAAUUCCUAUUGAGAUUGGAAAUUUAAAGGCUGCAACUCUUAUUGAUCUGUCAAAAAAUGAUUUUCUUGGUAUGAUUCCUAGAACUCUAGAGGGUCUGAAUAGAUUGAUGAAACUUUCUCUAGCACAUAAUAAAUUAGAUGGGCCUAUUCCAGAUUCAUUUGGCAAAAUGCUGGCCUUGGAAUACUUGGAUUUGUCCAGUAACAGUCUUAGUGGUGAAAUCCCAAAGUCAUUAGAAGCUCUUGUGUAUCUCAAAUACUUGAACUUCUCAUUUAAUGAACUCAGUGGAGAAAUUCCCACGGGCGGUCCUUUUGCAAAGGCCACAGAUCAAUCUUUCUUGUCCAAUUAUGGGCUCUGUGGUGAUUCUAAGUUUCAUGUUUCACCAUGUGUCACCAAAUCUCCCAAGAGGUCAAAGAAAAAAAAGGCAAUAUUGGUUUUGGGAGUGGGUAUGCUAUUUCUUGCAUUAGCCUUCACAUAUGUAUUUUUGAGAUUGAGAAAGAAAAAAAAGAAUGCAGGUCAAGCUGAUGUGUCUCUGAUAAAAUGUCAUGAAAGAAUUUCCUAUUAUGAACUUGAACAAGCAACUGAAGGAUUCAGUGAAAGCAACUUGCUUGGUAACGGGAGUUUCAGCAAGGUCUACAAAGGGAUACUUAAAGAUGGUACUCUUUUAGCAGCAAAGGUAUUCAAUGUGCAAUUGGAGGGUGCAUUCAAGAGUUUUGAUACAGAAUGUGAGAUGUUGCGCAACCUCCGCCACCGAAAUCUGACCAAAGUCAUCACCAGUUGCUCCAACCUUGAUUUCAAAGCCUUAGUGCUGGAAUACAUGUCCAAUGGGACACUUGAUAAAUGGCUAUACUCUCACAACUUGUUCUUGAAUUUAUUUCAAAGAUUAGAUAUAAUGAUAGAUGUUGCAUCUGCAAUGGUCUAUCUCCACAAUGGGUGUUCGAAUCCGGUGGUGCAUUGUGACUUGAAGCCAAGCAAUGUCUUGCUAGAUCAAGACAUGGUUGGCCAUGUCAGUGAUUUUGGCAUUGCAAAAUUGUUAGGCGCAGGGGAAACUUUUGUUCAAACGAGGACAAUAGCAACCAUUGGAUAUAUUGCUCCAGAGUAUGGACAAGAUGGAAUAGUAUCCACGAGCUGUGAUGUUUAUAGUUUCGGCAUCCUGAUGAUGGAGACGUUUACAAGAAUCAGACCAGGUGAUGAAAGAUUCACUGGAGACUUGAGCAUACGACGUUGGGUUAGUGAUUCUUUUCCAAAUGAGAUUCAGAAGGUGGUGGAUGGUAAUUUGGUACAGCUAGGGGAUGAACGAAUUGACGCAAAGAUGCAGUGUCUAUUGUCUGUCAUAGAGUUAGCUUUGAGCUGUACUUUAGCGACACCUGAUGCAAGAAUUAGUAUGGAAGAUUCUCUAUCAACACUUGAAAAGAUCAGGCUCCAGUUUGUCAAUAGUCGCCACUAGAUGGAACUAGACCAUCCGCAAGUGAUUGAUGCUUGAUUACCUAGGUCAAUUCUGCUAUUUAAGAUAAAAUCAGUUUUGUACUUCAUAUUAUCUACUCUUUCGCUUUCAAAGCAUCACAUAUUUAAGAUGAAUUCAGUUUUUUCA